AUAAAAUCAAUAUGCUAAUACGUGUCGCAAUUUCAACCGUUGUUAUUUGUUUAACCAUAGUUAAAAUCUAGCCCCAUUAGUUUUACCUACAUAAAAUUCUUUAUCUAUUUUAAUGUUUGUUGUCCUACGCUUGACCCUCUUUCACCGACCUCACCUCAGUACUGAGUAUAAGCAUGUUAAUGGCAUUUUAGAUCCAAACAAGACCAGCACCGAAACAUCACUUCUCUUCCCUCAUUCUUCCAAAAUACUUUGAAAAAAUUUGAAGAUAAUUUCUGGGAAUUCAAAUACUUAAUUCUGUUUCCAUGUUAAAGAAAAUGUCAUACUCAUCCUUUCCAGAGGACGUGUUAGAGCAUGUGUUUUCGUUUGUUCAGUCGGACAAAGACCGGAAUGCGAUAUCUCUGGUGUGCAAGUUCUGGUUCCAGGUCGAGAGGAGGUGCAGGAAGCGGAUAUUCGUUGGGAAUUGUUACGCGGUGAGCCCUCGGAUGGUGACCAGACGUUUUCCCGAUGUGAGAUCAGUGGAGCUAAAAGGAAAGCCUCACUUUGCUGACUUUAAUUUGGUUCCUGAAGGUUGGGGAGGUUACGUGUAUCCAUGGAUCGCUGAGAUGGCCAGUGGUUACCCGUUGUUGGAGGAGAUCAGGUUGAAGCGUAUGGUGGUUUCCGAUGAGAGCUUGGAGCUGAUUGCCAAGUCUUUUAAGAAUUUUAAGGUUCUCGUGUUAAGCUCUUGUGAGGGCUUCUCUACCCAAGGACUUGCUGCCAUUGCUGCUAAUUGCAGGAAUCUCAGAGAGUUGGAUUUGCGGGAGAGUGAAGUGGAGGAUCGAAGUGGGAAUUGGCUCAGCCUUUUUCCUGAGACAUACACAUCUCUUGUAUCUCUUAACAUUGCAUGUCUAGGGUCUGAGGUUAGUAUAUCGGCUCUCGAGCGCCUUUUAGGUAGGUGUCCAAACCUUAGGACUCUUCUCCUCAACCAUGCUGUACCUCUUGACAAGCUUGCCAACCUGCUUCGCCAGGCUCCUCAGCUUGUUGAGUUGGGCACAGGUGCCUAUUCCGCUGAUAUGAGGACGGAUAUCUUCUCAAAUCUAGCAGGAGCUUUUUCAGGGUGUAUGGAACUUAAGAGCCUGUCUGGUUUUUGGGAUGUGGUCCCUGCUUACCUUCCAGCUUUUUAUUCUAUUUGCACUGGACUGACAUCAUUGAAUUUGAGCUAUGCAACUAUUCAAUGCCCUCAUAUCAUCGAGCUGCUUAGUUUCUGUCCCAAUUUGCAGCGCCUUUGGGUACUGGAUUACAUUGAGGAUGGUGGCCUUGAAGCCCUUGCCACAUCUUGCAAGGAUCUGCGGGAACUGAGGGUAUUUCCAUCUGAACCAUAUGGUGCUGAGCCAAAUGUAUCUCUGACAGAGCAAGGCCUUGUCAGUGUCUCUGAGGGCUGUCCUAAGCUUGAGUCGGUUCUCUAUUUCUGCCGCCGAAUGUCCAAUGAUGCAUUAGUUACCAUUGCUAGAAACCGUCCCAAUAUGACUCGAUUUCGGCUUUGUAUUAUUGAGCCGCGAACUCCUGAUUACCUGACUGAACAGCCACUUGAUGUUGGUUUUGGAGCCAUUGUUGAGCACUGCAAGGAUCUGCGGCGCCUCUCCCUUUCUGGUCUCCUCACAGAUCGUGUGUUUGAGUACAUAGGAACCUAUGCUAAAAAGUUGGAAAUGCUUUCUGUGGCUUUUGCUGGAGAAAGUGAUUUGGGACUCCAUCACGUGCUUUCUGGGUGUGAUAGCCUUCGGAAAUUGGAGAUUAGGGACUGUCCUUUUGGUGACAAGGCUCUUUUGGCCAAUGCUGCAAAGCUGGAGACAAUGCGAUCCCUUUGGAUGUCUUCGUGUUUGGUGAGUUUUGAAGCAUGUAAGCUGCUAGGUCAGAAGAUGCCCAGGCUUAAUGUUGAAGUUAUUGUUGAUGAGAGGCAACCUCCAGAUUUGAGGCCAGAAAACUUCCCCGUUGAGAAGCUUUACAUAUAUCGAACUGUUGCUGGGCCAAGGCUUGAUAUGCCUGGUUUUGUGUGGAACAUGGAUGAAGAUUCUGCAUUGAGACUUUCUAGAAAGGGUUUCCGGACCAUUUAAAAGCAUCAAAGUAACAAACCAAACCCUGUGGAUAUGUCGCAGGUACAUGCUCUACAUGCUGCUCAUUGCUUCACAUUUAAUUUUCUGUAGCUUAAUAUAUAAUUGCUGCCCAUUUUUAAGUGGGGGAGAAGAUAAUGAGGGUAAUACAGAGGCUCAAGAACUCUAUUGCCAUUGAUUUCACUUGGCUGAGCGAUGGUGUACCAACUAGUAUUUAAUAAAGAGAUAAAAGCUCCUUUUGUGUAUUAAUCAGAGUUGCUAUUUGACUUUGGCAUAGUCACCAUGUAUACUAUUUGCAGACUUUUGCAUGUUAUAUGCAGCAUUUGUAGCAACUAUUUAUGAAGGGUAGUAAUAGUGUUGUGGGACUUAUUUGUGUCAUUGUUAGCUAUUGAGGAAUAAAAUUUCAAAUUUUGGUACAA